AUGACGAUCGACUCUGUCCUUCCGACCGGGUAUGGCGACGCGAAGUACGCCUGUGAGUUGAUGGUUGAUGAGACGCUUCAUCGCCACCCUGACCGGUUCCGAGCAAUGACUGUCCGUCUUGGUCAAGUCGCGGGCUCUAGCACAAGCGGGUACUGGAAUCCGACCGAACACCUCCCGUUUAUAAUCAAGUCCUCUCAGACUCUGAAAGCUUUGCCUGACUUUGAUGGUCUUCUCUCGUGGACUCCGGUAGAUACUGUCGCGAGCACGCUUGUUGAUUUGGUUUCGCUCCCCUUGACUGAGACGCCAUACCCGAUUUAUCACAUCGACAACCCCAUUCGCCAGGCUUGGAAGGAGAUGAUCCUUACCUUGGCCAGCAUGCUCUCAAUCCCGUCGAAUGAUAUUGUUCCCUUCGGAGAUUGGGUUCAACGCGUCAAGGACUACCCGCGGCAGGUGGAGGGUCCGGAGGGUGAGAACCCGGCAAUUCUGCUGAUCGAUUUUGUGGAUGCCAAUUUCUUGCGCAUGUCUUGUGGUGGGUUGUUAUUGGAAACAAAAAAGGCACGUGAGCAUUCACACACUUUGGCUACCUUGGGCCCAGUUAGUGAUAAAGUAACGAAUUUGUUUAUUCAAAGCUGGAAGGAACUGGGGUUUUUGCGUUGA